AUGGAUUCCCUUGAAGCUUUCGAACGUGGCCGGGAUCUUACUCUCGAGGCUCAUAAUCGCGGCUCGCCUAUCAACCCUUUCAAGGCGGAGAUCAUUCCACUGAGGAUGGAUUCAUCAAUUCCUCAGGUCUGGCAGGGUUUCAAUCGCUCAGCAGUCUUUUUCUUGAACGAGCAGAUUGUCCUCAAGGCGCAAAAGCAAUAUCAUAUCCCGAGCGUCUCGUUGCCGGGAGAUCGCAUACUUCUGGAACUCGGGCUCGCCAACUUUACGGGUACACAGCUUGAACGAGAGGCCUUUGGCAUGUUGCAAAUUUCGCCACACCCUAAUCUGGUUCGUUGCCUCGAUUCUCAUGUGGUCGAGGAUCCAGGUCUCCUAGACGGUAUUCUGUUGUUUGAGAGACUUGAGCCAUUGAGUACAGCCCUAGCUGAGUCUGAUGUGACUCGCCAACAUCGCUGGGCUAUCGAGCUCGCUUCGGCUUUUUCGCACCUCGAAUUACUAGGGAUCAUACCCACAAAAGCAUGUGUCCGUGACCUCGGGCUUGAUGAAGAUGGGCGGCUCAAGCUGGUCGGAUUCGGCGCAUCGCCACGCCGUUCUUAUCCGGGAGCCGCGGAACGAGGAGAGACGGCCAAGGCUACUCAUCGCGAUCCCAUGCCCAGCGACGAAAUUGUGCGAAAAGAUAUGGGAAGGGCCCACCAACGCCUCGCGUCCUGCCUGCACUACAUCCUCACCGGCGUUGACCCAGAUGAAGAAGCUCAGGAAAUGGGUCAUGCACGUCACGGCCAGACAGAUCGGAUUCAGUGGCGCGAAAAGGUCCGGCGGGGCGAGUACGCUAUUGCCCCUGGCGCGGAGCCAAUCGCAGAUAUCCUCCAGGACGCCUGGACUCUGAGAACCAUAACGAGUGUUGAGGCUAGAUCCUUCGCAGAGGUAGAACGAAAGAUUCGAGAUGCCCUAGAGCCCUUCGAAAUCGAUGAUGACCGGCAUCUGCAGCUGUCCAACAAUAUGAAUCUCAAACUGAUUGGAGAAAGAUGUCGUGUAUGGCUUGACAUGCAAGAGCGAGAGCCGAGGUGGAUGGGAUCCCGGGAGUAUGGACAGGCGGUCAGGGAGGCGACGGCCGACACGAUGCUUAAGUAA